AACCCUAAAUCCGCGUACAUACGGCUCCUCUUCUCUCUGAUCUCAUCAAUUUUUCAUUUUCCCAAUCGUCUCUCUCUCUCUCUCUCUCUAGAAUGGACACUCUUCAAUCCAACUACAUGGAUUCCCCAUCUCAACCCCAAUCUGAAUCCCAACCUCAACCUCAAUAUUCAUACGACCAGUACCCCAGUUACCAGAAUUACUCCUACUCCUAUCCCCAAACCCAGUCCGAAGCCCAAUCUGAAACCCUUGACAAAACCCUAGAUUCGUCCGGUCAGAUUCCUGAGAACGGAGCGUCCGCCGCCGGCGAAUCUGUGCCCCCCCUGAAACCUGAUUUCCCUAGGCCUUUGUUGUCGGAGAACGGUUUAACAAACACCCACAGCGGCACCGACAAGGAUUUUUCUGGCGGUGAGGAGGAAACCACCAGCCGGCGGAGGCGGCGUUCCAGGUGGGACCCACCGCCGAGCGAGUCCACCAACAAUGGUGCUGCUGGUACCGGUGGAACUGGUGAUGGAAAUUCCGGGACUGGAGGAAGGAAGCGGAAGUCGAGGUGGGCGGAUGAUGAGCCUAAGCCCGUGAUCCAGUUACCUGAUUUCAUGAAGGAUUUCACUGGAGGUAUUGAAUUCGAUCCUGAAAUUCAAGCUUUGAACAGUAGGUUACUUGAGAUUAGUCGCAAGUUGCAAUCGGGUAUGCUUUUAGAUGAUCGGCCAGAGGGCGCUAGGUCACCCUCCCCAGAACCCAUAUAUGAUAACAUGGGGGUAAGGAUCAAUACUAGGGAGUAUCGCGCGAGGGAGAAAUUGAAUAGGGAGAGACAAGAGAUUAUAUCACAGAUUAUUAAGAAAAAUCCAGCGUUCAAGCCACCUGCUGAUUAUAGGCCACCGAAGCUUCAAAAGAAGCUAUAUAUUCCGAUGAAGGAGUACCCAGGUUAUAAUUUUAUUGGGUUGAUCAUUGGUCCAAGAGGAAACACUCAGAAAAGGAUGGAAAGAGAGACUGGAGCAAAGAUUGUUAUCCGGGGGAAAGGGUCAGUGAAGGAGGGUAGGCUGCAGCAGAAGAGGGAUUUGAAGCCUGACCCUUCAGAGAAUGAGGAUCUGCAUGUGCUGGUUGAGGCAGAGACUCAGGAGGCACUAGAUGCUGCUGCGGGUAUGGUUGAGAAGCUCUUGCAGCCUGUCGAUGAGGUUCUUAAUGAGCACAAGAGGCAACAGCUUAGGGAGCUUGCGGCAUUGAAUGGUACUAUUAGGGAUGAAGAGUAUUGUAGGUUGUGCGGUGAGCCUGGGCAUCGGCAGUAUGCAUGUCCUUCACGGACAUCUACCUUUAAGAGUGAUGUUUUAUGUAAGAUUUGUGGUGAUGGUGGGCAUCCUACUAUUGAUUGUCCAGUGAAGAAUACUACUGGCAAGAAAAUGGAUGAUGAGUAUCAAAACUUCCUAGCAGAACUUGGAGGGACGGUUCCAGAGUCUUCAACCAAGUCAAGCGCCGCAACCCUUGCUCUUCCUGGCAGCACGGGCACUAAUCCUCCUUGGGCAGGUGGUCCUAACACUUCUACUAACACCACUCAAGCUGGUUUAGGGGCGAAUCUGAUCAAACCAAAGGAAUAUGAUGAAACAAACUUAUAUAUUGGCUACUUGCCUCCUACGUUGGAGGAUGAUGGUUUAAUCAGCUUAUUCUCUCCUUUUGGUGAAAUUGUGAUGGCUAAGGUUAUUAAGGACCGGGUCUCUGGUCUGAGUAAAGGUUAUGGGUUUGUGAAGUAUGCUGAUGUCCAGCAGGCUAACAAUGCAAUUGCUAGCAUGAAUGGUCACAGACUGGAUGGAAGAACUAUUGCAGUGAGAGUCGCAGGUAAACCUCCUCAGCCUACUGUGCCUCCAGGCCCUCCUGCUCCACCUGUGCCAACAUAUCCAUCUCCAAACCAGCCUGUUGGGGCCUACCCCUCCCAGCAGUACAAUGCGGGUGGUCCUAUUGGAAGUGCACCUCCUGGCGGCUAUACUGGGGCUCCCGUUCCUUGGGGACCACCUGUACCUCCUUCAUAUUCUCCUUAUCCCCCUCCCCCUCCAGGAUCAGCUAUGUACCCCCCAGUUCCAGGUCAACCUGUUCCUCAAUAUGGAGUGCAAUAUCCUCCUCCGCCGAUGCCUCCUGGUUCUUCUGGUGUCCCAACACAGACUGUUUCUUCUACUGAUACACAACAACAUUAUGCAUCAUCUGCUGAGACUCAGCAGAAUUACCCACCUGGAGUGCAAUCUCAGAGUAGCGCACCUGUUCAAUCAGUUCCAACCUAUGUCUAUGGGAAUUCAGUGACUUCAAUGCCACCAAGUUCGCAGGUCCCAUACCCAACACCUCCAUAUAGCUAUCCACCUUAUUAUGGUGCUGUUCCACCUCCCCCUCCUCCAGCUAUGCCGCAGUCAACCGCGGACCCUUCACAAAGCCUGAACAAUGUUCCUUGGGCAUCAAAUCCACCAGUGCCUCCUCCACCUUCAUCAUCGGCUGAGAAGAGCAGCUACACAGACACUGAAUAUGAAAAAUUCAUGGCAGAAAUGAAAUGAUGAUGUGAUUGGUUGAUGAGUGGCUGUUUGUUGGAGCACUUGUCAUCCUGAUUUCUUAUCUCUUGCCAUGAUUUACUUGUUGGAAGUUUGGGACUCACAUAACCUUGCUGUACUGUUACAUUUGCAGAGAGUUGCGAUAAAGUCUUCAUUCAGCCAUGUGUUGUUCUACCGGUUCACGAAUUAAUCUGUUGAUUAUCCCUUUUGUAGGACAAUUUCUAUCUUUUGGACGGUUAUAUCUGCUUUAGAGUCUGGUUUUCUUGAAUUCAAUUUACAUUAUAUGUUUGAAAUUUUCAGUCUCUUCUGCUGACCUUUGUGCUGACAGUCUCACAAUUACUCAUGUACUUGUCUGCUUUGUUUUCUCCUAACGUUCUCUUAUUUUUUGUUUUGCAUUUUCUGUUCCUUGUUAUUAUGACUAUUCUUAGUGGUUGUAGCUCCCUACUCUGAAAUCAUGCUGAUGCUUGCCUCUACGAAUCUAAAUCAAGGUGAGCCCAACUUGGAUUUUGAGGCCACAGGUGGUAUGUUUAAUCUGACAAUUUAAUAUUGAGCUUGUCUUCUGAUUUCAGUUUAUUUUUUUCCACUCUGAUGCCGUCUCCUAGUUUAUUUAUGGCAGGUGGUGUGAUUGUGCUGGGAUAAUCUUACGUGUGUCUAUUGAGACUUGCUUAUAAUGCUUUUUGCCUUGACACUAGGCUUCCCACCUCCCUCCCUCCUUAGUUGUCUGAGUUUUUUCUUGGUAGUUUGAGGGAUUCCUAAUGAUGGGAUAUGUGCCCGUAGUAAAUAGAGGGAAGUUGUAUAUAUUUCUGUUACAUACUGGAACAGAAUAUUUACAUAGUUCUCGACUGGAUCAGGUCGCACUUAAAGAUAAAAA